AUGGAUCAACCUACUCUCGAUAGUAUUCAAGCUUGCCAAGUACUCGCAAUCUACUGGUUUGCCUACAGUGACCAUCGCCGUAACAAUACAUUUUCCGCUAUUGCAUACCGGGCAAUUCGGACCAUGGCCACUGACCUGGAAGAACACAACCCAGCAGAUCUAGAGCAGUCGCCGGAGCAGGUCAUACUUGAUGAAAAUAUUCGUCAAUGUUUCUGGACAUCCUGGAUGGCAAACUGUGUAGACAUGGAUCAUUAUGUUGUCGGCUCUUCCAUUGACCCAGUGGUGCUUGCCCUUCCUCUGCCGAUAUCUGAAGAUGCGUAUCGUGAUGGCAAGCCAGAAUAUCAGGGGAAUCUUGGGCAGUUCGUCGACGAUCGAGGGGCCAGGGCGACAUCCGGCUGUUCUUCAGCUGGGUCUCUAAAAGCAGAAUUGAUGAAAAUGGUACUGAGUUGGGUCAGAGUCUGUGACCAUGUCGCCACCAGGAAACGUGUUCCUAUGAGCGAGACCAUCUCAAGCCUCUUUGCACUGGACCAUACCCUUCGAAGAUGGAACGAAAGUCUUCCCGAGACGCUCAAAUACAAUACCAGGAAUUUGUACGAGCAACUCGUCGCCAAGCAGGAGAUCUUUUUCAGCACAAUACACACCUCAUAUAAUCAAAGCCGGCUUGUGUUGCACUCCACCCUGGUGCCAGGUUUUGGCGGGCGUGCAGCUCCUGAAGAGUUGCCGUUGGAGUUUGUCGAAGGCUAUGCUCGAGUGGCCCUUGAUAGUGUCCAAAACUUGUCGGCCGUAGCAAGGGAUCUUCAGGCGAUUGAAUGGGACCCUGCAACCCUUGCGCCAUUCAUGGGCUAUUGCAUGUAUGCAUCGACAGCGAUCCAUGUAAAUAUUCUGAGAAGGACAUCACACGCCGCAUCGACCACAAAAUCCAACAUUUACGCGGCCCUGAGGUUCUUGCAGGAUAUGAAGCCACAUUGGAGAUACAUGGAAAGAUUUUGGGAUUGUAUCGGAGUCACAGACAAAACAGACAACAAGGACCGAAGCAUUGAAAGCUUCCUUGAAGAAAUCGGUCCUUCAGGGACAGAUACUCGUAUCGCUGGGUCGCAGACGCAAAUCCCAGGAACCACGGGGGCUUCAAAGUCGAUAGAAUUCCCAAAGUCAUUACUACCAUAUAGUCCCCGUAUGCUGAAGUCCUUUGUGGAAGAGCAUUCAGAAAGUAAAGUCAAGCAUCGGGACCAGGACGACAAGGCGGCCAAGGAACAAAUGCCGCCCUUGGCGAGCUCCACCACACAAGACGUGCAAAACGACAUUUCUGCAGAGGUACAUCUCAAUUUCUCGAAAAAAGAUGCCACAGACUCUGAGAUGCUGCCUCUCGACUUGGAAAGCUUUGAAGAAAUGGAUCUCAGCAUUUUUGAUUGUGCAAGUCUGCCAAACACGGAUCUCAACGCGAUCGACAAUAAUUGGCACUCCACAGGAUCUGUUGAGACGCCUGAAAUGCCAUUUGACCAGCUGAUGGAGAGCUUCUUUCCAACAUAA